AUGGGUGAUUAUUACAUGGAUGCCGUUCUCCAAUCGGUUAACAACCUGACGAUGCAAAAUCCUCAGGUAAUAAACAUUACAAACAUGACAAUAAGUGAGGCAUCAUUGAAUUUGACAUACGACUAUUACGAUGACUUAUGUCAAAAUAAUAUGCAAAGUAUAAAAGAAGGUCUGCCAGGAUAUACACUAUGUAUGCACACUCUUCUUCCUAUUAUAUGCGUGUUUGGGAUCAUCGGAAUUAUCUUGACACUUACUGUGUUGAUUAAAAAAAGCAUGUCAACAUCGACAAAUAAUUAUCUUAUAUCUCAAGCAGUGGCUGACCUGCUGUUCUUGGUAGUUAUAGGCGUGCGAAUCUUCGAUACGCGACUAGAACGGGUUACCCACCAUUACUACCUGGUGAUAAUGACCUAUGGAAACAUUUUCAUUAACAUUUUCCUUUUCGCAUCAGUGUGGCUGACAGUUAUGUUAACGGUGGAACGAUACAUUGCCAUUUGUCACCCACUUCGUGCAAUGACAAUAUGUACAGUAGUACGGGCUCGGAUUAUCAUUAUAUCUAUCAUCGCCAUUGCAACGCUGUAUCAUGUCGUUUGGAUAUUUCGAUAUAAAGUUGAGUUUCACUGGGACCCAUGUGUACAAAGGGAAUUGCCAGCAAUAAUCAUCACAAACCUAGGGCUAAAUAAGGAGUUUCGACACGUUUCCAGCUGGGCGGACUGUUGUCUUUUUGCAAUAGCACCGGUCAUAUUGGUUCUUGUCUUAAACAUUUUACUGAUAUUAGAAAUACAUCGUUCCACAAAGUAUUUGCAGCACCACAUGGCGAACGACUCCAACGUACGGACAAUCAUCUCUAAGGAGGAAAUGAGAAUCACCCGAAUGCUAAUUAUGGUUGUGAUUGUUUCCGGUGUGUGCCAAGGGCCGUACAUUGUUCUGAACAUUUAUAAGAGACUUUUUCUGGACGUCUUUUCCCCGCUUUUCAACAAAAUGACUUAUGCGACCAUAUUGUUUCUAGUUCUGAGGUCCUCGUUUAACUUCAUCAUAUACUGUUGGUUCAGCGAGAAGUUUUGGAGCACGUUAAAGCGGAGCUUCUGUGUAGGAAAAUGCAAAAAAGGCAGGUUUCCGUAUAUCUGGAAUAAUAAAGAACAUGGACAAAGUAAUAACAAUCGCAAGGUCUCGAUCAUCCAUACAAAGGAAACGACGUGUUAG